CUGGUGGAGCGGAAGGGUUAAGCACAGGGCUCGAGGAGGGACACUGUAUAUCUUCUUGUCAUUUCCGCGUUGGUCGUCUGCGAGCUGCAGCGCGAGAACGGAGCGAGGGCCGAGUGACAAAGGAGAUGGCGGAGCUGUCGCUGUACCUCACGAGCGUAAACGUGUCUCUGGGCCAGACCGUGGACGCCGAGAAGCAGAGUCAAAGUCCCAGCAAGGACUUUGAGAGCGUGGAGCUUGGUGAGCUGGGCAAGGGCAACGCACAGAAGCAGAAGGCCCCACGCAGAGUGAUCCAUUUUGCCAGCGGGGAGACCAUGGAGGAGUACAGCACCGAUGAGGAGGAUGAGCAGGAAGAGCUGCGAAAGAAGGAGCUGCCAGCACCAGUGGAACCCUCAAAACUGACGUGGGGGCCGUACUUCUGGUUCUACAUGUGGAGAGCUGCUACAUCUACUGUAUCAGCUUGUGAUUACCUUGGAGAGAGGAUGGCUUCACUCUUCGGCAUCACCUCGCCCAAAUAUCAGUACGCCAUCGACGAGUACUACAGGAUGAAGAAGGAGGAGGAAGAGGAGGAGGAGGAGAACCGGAUGUCCGAGGAGGCAGAGCGUCGCAUUGCGGAGCACCAGGGCCAGGAAACCUCUGACGCCACGACGGACCAACCGGAGGGCUCUACUUCUUUUCUAAAUGUUGCCUUCGAACUAGAGAAGGAGCCUCAUGGAAUCCCUGAUGCUAAUCAGGUCCCAGCCCCUGUUUCUGCCUAAACCACUGGCCCCUCCCCCUGUAAAAUUAACAUCACCACAAUGGCACAUCCGAUUUUGGUAGAAUCGCUUUGUCAUAUUUGUGACUGCAUCCGUUUUUCCCAUGUUGAAGCAUGUGCCUUCACUUCUUGGCAACAGCAAGUGCAUCCAAAGUCUCAGCAAAAAAUUUAUUUAAAAUUUGCAUUUUUCGCUGAAUUUGUGAUUUUUUUUCUUUUUUUUUUUGGCCUAGGUAUGUGUAGAUCUAACAAUUAAUCUGCACUUUGUCUAUAAAUCAGCUGUCAGUUUUAAGUGGCCUUCAUUCAGUGACUGGGGGAGGUUAACUGACCAGGAAAACAUAAGUUAAAUGCUGGCCAUCUGCAAUUGGAAAUUUAGCUGGAAAUCCACUGAUGUACACCAUAAAGUGACAAAAACAGUCUUGAUGGGAGUUUUAUGUCAGGGAGAUCGCACUCAUUCACUUACUUUAUGUAAUUCACCUAGCAUGAAGGCAUAAUUUAAUUACCAGGUUUAACUAAAUCUGUCUUUGUAACACUACCACCGACUGAUGUCACAUUUAAUACCGUUGAUUGAUUAUUUGUUCUGGCUUCCUCCCAUCCAGUGCUAAAUUUUCCAUUAAUAUUCAUUUUAACAUGCUGAAAGACUGAAAGUUUACACAUAAUGCCUUUUCAACAGCACUGAAAGAGGAACAAUAUGGUUUUUGCUUUUGUGUUUGUGAUUAGGGUUGGUCUUAGAUUCACAAAACUGUGUGCUAAUACUAAGAAUUGAGAAAGGCUGAGAAUUAAUUACCUUUGCGUGCUUACGUACCUACAAGUAUAUACUGCUCUUGUUUCGUUGGAGUGCAAUGGUGAUUUUAAAUAGCCUGUUAGGAUUUAAGAAGCUGCAGCACAGCAGGAAACACUCUUUAUGUGCUGUAUGUCAAUAACCCUGAUUCUUCAGUUCAUGUUAUAUGCCUUAACACUUUGUAGGAGUAUUUUGCAAAGCAAAUUUCAACGAAUCCUUAGAUAAUCAAUGUCUUUUUAAGGAUUUUGGCAGAAUUUAUAAUGGGAGUGAAGUCCAGAGAAUGUUUGCACUUAUGUGUUAAUGAUAGAUGUCUUUUAAGUUAUUUAUGUGAGAAAUUGAAACACCUCACUUUGUUAAUUAAAAUUCUUUAUAAUUUAU